AUGACGGAUCAACAGUUUGAGAACUUCAUUAGCUCCUCCCAAAUACAGGCCGCGCCUGCCCCCGCACCACCCUUAGCAAUAUCACAUGUUGCUACUCCGCCUUCACCUGUCUUCUUGCCUAGGCCCAGCGCUAGACCUACAAGGUUUGCUACACCUAAGAGCAUAGAAGCUAUUAUUCCAGCACAAAGCAAAGCAGUUCCAGCCACGACCAAGCAAAGCACAGAAUGGGCAUGCCGUAUUUGGUCUCAGUGGAGCAAGAGCAGAGAAGAUAGCAACUGCAAGUAUCCACCACCCCCGCACCUUUGCAUUGAUGACUCUCAUUUGGACGGAUGGCUAUCUAAAUUUAUAUUGGAAGCAAGAAGACAAGUUGGAAAUGAAUAUCCACCAAACACACUAUACAACAUUGCCUGUGGCAUAAUGAGACAUGUAAGUAAUUAUGCACCACACGUCAACUUUUUUACUCAACGGCAGUUUGAUGGCUUUCGCAAAACUCUCGAUAGUGAGAUGAAGAGGCUAUCUGCAGCCGGAGUAGGUGUUAAAAAGAAAAAAGCAAGGCCAAUAUCUUUGGAAGAUGAAGAUGAGUUAUGGCGACAAGGACUCCUAGGUAAUCAAGAUGCUCAAACACUGAUCGACACAAUUAUAUUGAUGUGUGGCCUAUACUUUGCUUUACGCAGUGGACAGGAGCAUCGUAGUUUGGUCAUUGACCAAAUUCAGGUUGUAGGUUGCGAGCAUCCUUACCUUGUAUACACAGAGAAUGUGUCCAAGAAUCAUUCUGGGGGGCUGAAGCACAGAAAGGUCCAACCUAAAGUUGUAACACAUUACAGCAAUAAAGAGAAUCCUGCAAGGUGUUUUGUCAACUUAUAUAAAGAAUAUAUAAGCCAUUGUCCUGAAAGGACCACAAAAGCAUUAUAUUUAACACCAUUAAAAGUAGGAAAAUGUACAUUUUGGUAUAGCAAUGUAACUAUUGGCCACAACAUACUAUCAAAGACUGUUAAUAGGCUUUGCGCAUCAGCUAGUAUAAAGGGCUUCAAGACAAACCAUUCUUUACGGGUAACCACUGCUACAAGAUUGUUUCACUCUGGAAUUGAUGAACAGUUAAUAAUGGACCGAAUUGGGCACCUUAGUUUAGAUGGGAUAAGGGCAUAUAAAAGGAUAUCUGAAGAUGGGGAAAAGGAGAUCUCAUCAAUUCUAUAUAAGGACAGUAGAAAGGAAAACAAUGAAGACAAAGAAAAUUUUGAAACACCCUGCAAAAGAAAGAAGCUUUCUGGAGAUCAACCAUUUACUAUAAACCUGUCAAAUUGCACUAAUAAAACAAUUAACUAUUAA